AUGGAUAUGGGAUUCCCAUUCAACAGAUCGAUCAGAACUCAAGCCGAUAGCACCGAAGAGAAAAUGGAUGCUUAUCUCACCGCUACCAACGUAUUCAAAGGUGAUAUCACAAUCAAAUGGGAGACUCCAAAGAUUUUAGCUGCAUAA